CAGACUAUUAGUAUUCAGAGCACAGGGAGGAAAAAUAGAGGAGGGAGCGAAAGAGAGAGAGAGCGAGAGAGAGAGAGAGAGGGGAUAGUGAAAGAGAGGGAAGGGAAAAAAACACAAGGAGGGGGAAAAUAUAAGAGAAGAACACAGGAAACAGGAGGGAGAAGAGGGGAGGGGAGAGAUAUCAUAUUGUUCAUUUCUCCCUCUCAGUCUGCAUUCCCGGUUGAGAGAGAGAGGGAGAGAGAGCGAGAGCGGAAUGCUCCUUUACAGGCGUCGCAUCUGACUAAAGCAGCGUAAAUAGGAAACUGGACUGAGAGGGAGGCAGCAGUUUCUGCAACGCCAAGGUGAUGGUGGAGCGCUUUAAAAUAAGAGUCUCUCAAUUCUGAAAGUGACCUCCGAUCCACACUGAUGUGUUGGACAGACCACAGAAACCUGUGUGUUCCUCUAUUUCCUGUCGGAGCUACAUGACUAAGAACUCAACUCAGCUCCCGAACCUCCGCUUCUCUGCAGGGAAAGUGAGAGGGGCGUGGGUGUCGCUCAGUUACACAUGAGCACAUCAGUCUGGUCUUGGUGAUCCGGACCGAGACACCCCUCAGAGCCCCUCGUGUUCCGCCUACAGCCGCCCCUGCCUCCCUCUUCUCAGGUCACACCUUGUAAAAGGUGGACGAGCCAAGACUCUACUUACCCGAGUGCCGUCCGCUAGGUGAGGGCGGGCGAGGGCUGUGUCAUCAUUGGCUGGCUGCUGGUGAGAGUGCGAUGCAGAUUGGAGGAUGUCGGGGGACUGGGAUGAAGACCUGUGUAAGAAGGCGCUGAUGUUGGUGGAGGAGCUGUGCUUCAACUCCCAAAGAGGUUACAGCCAGAGCAAAAGCUGCCUGGAGUUCAGCUACCUGCUGAGAGGACGCAACAGACAGCUGGACCCAGAGAUCUCUGUCAGUCUGCUGUCUGUUAUUGUGACAUUCUGUGGCAUCGUCCUCCUCUCCGUCUCCCUCUUCGUCUCGUGGAAGCUCUGCUGGCUGCCAUGGCGGGACAAGGAGGGCGGAGGCUUGAGUCUGACGUCGGGGCUGCUGCCUGGAACCGCCGGUGUUGGAAACCUCGGAGGCGCAGGGGGCUCGUCGCUCUUACCCCCGCUGCUGCAGAGGAAGGAGGGCCACUCCUCAUCCUCGCUCUACCCCACCCUGGGUCAGCAGGGCCAGCAUCACCCCCACUUCUCUGACCUGGUAGGGCUGGAGAGAGGGGAGGUUGGAGUUGUGGUCGGGGGGCCGAAUGAGACCCAGGAGCAUUCAUACCUGGACAUGGAUUCCUACCCCAACAACGCUGGAACUCUGAAGCUGAGUCAGACGUCUCCAGACGUGCCCAACACAGAGGGUGGAGCCCAACCCCCAAAAGACCUGCCCAACGCUCAUUCCCAGCAGCAGGUCACCCCUCGGCCCAAGCCUAUGACUCACCAGCUCUCCAGUCCUGAUUUCCACGGUGAGGAGAAAGAGCAGGUGACCUGUAUUGGGCAGAUAAAACCGGAGCUCUACAGACCCAAGGGCGACCAAGGCGAAGGCAAACAGGGCGACACCUGCGGCAAGAUCAGCUUCCUCCUGCGCUAUGCCUUCAAUACGGAGCAGUUGGUGGUGAAGAUACUGAAAGCUUUGGACCUGCCAGCAAAGGACGCCAACGGUUUCUCUGAUCCUUAUGUCAAGAUCUACCUACUGCCAGACAGGAAGAAGAAAUUCCAGACCAAGGUUCACAGAAAGACCUUAAACCCAAUCUUCAAUGAGACAUUUCAGUUCGGCGUACCGCUGAAUGAGCUACAUUCCAGGAAGCUGCAUUUCUCUGUGUACGACUUCGACCGCUUCUCCAGACAUGACUUGAUCGGCCAGGUAGUGGUGGACAACCUGCUGGACUUCAGCGAGGGCAGUGGGGACAAACCUGUCUGGAGGGACAUCGUAGAGGGCACUGCGGAGAAGGCCGAUCUCGGGGAGCUUAAUUUCUCGCUGUGUUACCUGCCCACCGCUGGCAGGCUCACUGCUACAAUCAUCAAGGCCACCAACCUCAAAGCCAUGGACCUGACCGGCUUCUCAGACCCGUACGUGAAGGCCUCCCUGGUCUGUGACGGGCGAAGGUUAAAAAAGAGGAAGACUUCCAUUAAGAAAAACACACUGAACCCCACGUACAACGAGGCGCUGGUGUUUGACAUUCCCAAUGAAAAUAUAGAAAGCGUAUCCAUCAUCAUUGCAGUGAUGGACUACGACUGUAUUGGUCAUAACGAGGUUAUAGGGAUGUGUCGUGUAGGAAGCGAGGCUGACGGGCCAGGAAGAGAGCACUGGGCAUCCAUGCUGGCCAAUCCACGUAAGCCAAUCGAGCACUGGCAUCAGCUUGUGGAGGAAAAAGCAAUUGGUACAUUUGUGUCGAAGAGUGCUGCAACAUCCUCCCCGAAGCCACACAUCGUUGUGGACAGUCCUCACUCCGAUUAAAAACUGUCAUUACCGUCUCUCCAGCUCCAGACUUUCCUUUCUUCCCUCUCAUCUGUGAAUAAUUCUCUCCAUCAAAGAAAGAGAGACACAGAGACACUGCUAGUGUCCAACUGCUACUCGCUGUUUUGCUCCUGCUAAUGAAUCCUCCACGUCCUGCGCUGUCUUUAUCUGGCCCGGGAAAAACAACAACAUCGAACACGGUCGACGCGUCGAGCAACAGGCUACACGGGACACACACACACACACACACACACACACACAAGAUUACAGUAUGUGCGUAGUUCAUGUGUGUUUCAGAUUUAGUGUAGAAUCUCAUCUAGCAGGAGUGUGACGUGACACAUUUUUCUCUCUUGAAAACAAAAAAAAAGGAAAAAUAGACAGCCGUCAUAGAAUCAUCAUGUCAACCAGGACCAAAGGUUCAUGCCCUUGUACCGACUAGAAAAGAAGAAAAUCACCGUGUGUCCAGCAUAUGCCAUACUGUACUGGAAAGCACUUUUUUUUUUCCUGUAUAGAACAGACACAGCAUCCAUGGAGGAUUCUCCCGGCCAUUUUGGACGCCUUUCCCAGGCUCCUCACAAUCUGGUUUUGGACUUAUCUCGCUUAUUUUCCCCAGAGGAAUGACAACGAAGCAUCCAGUGGUCUUUAUUGAUGUCAGAGGAGCAAAAAAAUGAGAACAGACUCAUUGGUCUAAGCAUGUAACACAACCUUAAAAAUGUGUCCCAAUACGUCAUGCUUUUAGUCCCAGUCCUCAUGGUGCUCGUCUGUAUCAGAUUUUAUUCUUUUGAAUGAUGUGUCUUUUGUGUAUAAUUGUAACCAUCAGGAAAGGAUUUUAUUCAUGCCAUUAUUUUUUUUUUUAUACUGUCCACCAAUGAUGAGAUGUAUAAGCUAAAGAGAGACACGGACUGUUUGUUUGCCCCCAGCUUUCUGGCCAAAGUGGCACAUUUUUCCUAAAAUAGGACGAGACGGGUUGAAAAGCACAGCCUGUGUUUAGGACUGGACCAGCAUCAGAUUGGAGUGUACUCGCUGGAGGACGUAUACCAGGGAGAGAUAUCACCACUCUAUUUUAUUUUUCUACCAUUCCGGGACUUAUUGUUUCCUUCUCUCACGACACCAUCGCUCACCUUCGACCGAGAAACGUUUCUUCAAAAAUCUCCACAUACUUUCCCUGACAAGACUUAAGAAGAACACACACACCUGUGUUGCUUUUAUUAGUGUGUUUGUGAGUGUUUGUUUUGUAUUUGUGCGUGUCUGUGUGUGUGUGUGUGUGUGGGUGCGCGUGUCUGUGUGUGUCUCUGUGACAGUGUGCGUGACACGUUACUGUGCUCACCGCCUCCCUCGUCCUUUUUCUGUCUUCACGUCCCUCACUCCCCCCCCCGCGGCAUUCAGGGACUGAAAUGCUUGUCUCGGCGCCAAACGUGUCCCAUGUCUUUACAAGAAACCAUUUUUGUGUGUCCACGAGUGUGUGUGAGAGUACGUUUUGGGUGUAUGUAUGUAUGUGUGUGUACUUUACAUGCCUCAUUGCACUAGGUGGGGAAACUUGUCUUUCAUAGACAUUAGUUUGUAUUGUCUAUGUCGUCUCUGAAAUCAGCUGCCAAUCAUUCUACCCUCCUUUCCUCUCUAACCCUUUGCCUGAUGUAAGUAACUGUGUUGAUCGUGUACUUCUUUCAGUAAUUUGUGUACUGUAUGUGCGAGGAGGGAAAAAAAAAAGCAGAUGGCACAGUUGUUGAAAAUUAAAUUGUUGGGUGUGUUUUGAUUCAAUUUACCAGAAGGGAAUGCUUAUAAAAGAAAGAAAGAAAAAAAAAAUCUGAGGCUCAUUUGUUACGGCCUACGGAUCAUGACAAAUUUAGAUCCCCUUUAAGCAAGACAACAGGGAGGAGGUGUUGUGAGAGAAUAGGUGCGUCGUGGAACUUCUACACUUCCUAUGUAAUCAGAUACAGACCUAUAAAGCCGUGUCUGUCACUGCUACUACUGUAACCUCAGCAAACAAACGGUACAACACCUCACUACAGCUACUACAGUAUUGCUGUCGUUGCCAUUUGCCUCUCAUUGUUUGACACAACAACACACACUUUUAUCACAGACGUCUGUGUGUGUGUGUGUUUGCUUUAGGGGAGGGAUCCACUUUGUUUAUUUCUUUUUUCUUUUACCUUUGGAUCAUGGAACUGCAGUGAGAUUUACUGGUGUGCUUAAACAGGUAUUUGGAAGGUGAACACGACCCGCAUAAUACCCGGCCAGUACUCGAUGUGGUUUGUCACCUGGGGUGUUAUUGAUCAGCUUGUAUAAGUAGAUAUGGUAUUGAUCCAUUGGUCGCAAGGACCCAUAAUUCUCUCUCUCUUUCCCAGCCACCAUCUCGCUCUCCCUCCCUCUCUCUCUGCUUGUGUCUAUCCUAUUUAGCCCUUGUGUUACAGCCUGGUGAUAGAUUACAGAACUCAUAGUGGAACCAGCACUUUCCCUCACUCUCCUCCUCCCUCUGUCUGUCCCCCAUCUCCCUCCAUUUUUGUCUCUGUCUUUAUCCUUGCUUCUGCUCAUCUCUCACUCUAUUUUGUUCUACCAUCCCCUGCUCCUCUGCUCUUCUUUCUUUCUUUCUUUCUUUCUUUCCUCUGUGCCCCCCCUCCCUCCUCAACUCUCCUCCUCUCACUGUCUUCUCAUGUUAGUGCAGUUCUGAAUGGUCAUGGGGAAACAUGUUUGCAUGCUUAUAUUAACAUGAAUGAUGUCAACUUGAUACAAUGAAAAAUUAUAUAAGAGAUGCUUUAAGCAAAAUCUGACAAUGAACUUGAUACUAAUACUACUAAUGACAACUAAGUGGAGACCUCGCAUUUGUUUAUCUAUGUGGUCAAAAACAACAAUGAUGAAAUAACAUUGUUUUAUGCUGUAUUUAUCUUUCUCAAAUUGGUAUUCGUUUUGAUUUUCUGUUGUUUUUUAUAUAUAAUUUAUUCAAGAGGUUUACUUUUUUAUUGGUUUAUGCUGAGAAUUUGAAUGGGGGGUUUAGUCGGGGGAGAUUGUUUCAGUCGGGACAGCUGUAUCAGGAUGCAGGAUGUUGGUGAAUGUGUAACAGUAUGACUGAAGCAAUGAUAAAGGAAAUAAAGGAUAUGUAUAAUCCA